AUGUCUGGAAAUGAUUUCAAUGGUAACAUUCCAUCUUCUCUUGGUAACAUGAGUUCCUUGCUAAGUCUAGACAUAUCAAACAACAACUUAUCUGGUGAAAUACCUGAACAGUUAGUCAUAAGUUGCUUCUUCCUAAGAGAACUUAUUCUUUCAAACAACAAUUUGCAAGGCCAAAUCUUCUCUAAUAAUUUUGGCUUGACAGAGUUACAAAGUUUACAAUUGGAUGACAACCAUUUUAGAGGAAAGAUUCCAGAAAGUUUGUUAAAUUGCUCUAUUUUGCAAGUGUUACAUCUCUAUGAUAACAAUCUCUCAGGUAAGAUUCCAAGAUGGUUUGGAAAUCUAUCAUAUUUAGUUGAUAUAGUGAUGUUUAAUAAUCAACUUGAAGGUCUACUUCCAAAGGAACUUUGUCAAUGUCAAAAUCUUGAAAUUUUGGAUCUUUCAGAGAACAAUAUAUUUGGAAGUUUACUGCCUUGUCUUAGCCUUUCAAAUAUCAGACAGGUUCAUUUGUCGAGAAAUAGAUUAAGGGGACAAUUAAAAGAUGCUCUCUACAUUAAUAGUACAACCUUGGAGGUCUUAGAUCUUAGCUAUAACCACCUAGAAGGGAAAAUUCCUAAUUGGAUCGGGAAACUUUCGUCCUUAAGUUACUUAACCUUAAGUAACAAUAAUCUUGAAGGUGAAUUACCUACUCAAUUAUGCAAUUUGGGAAAAUUACGUUUGAUAGAUCUUUCUCAGAACAAUUUUUAUGGUAAAAUUCCUUCCUGCCUAAAUUUUACUGCCCUCUAUAAAGGAAAUGAGAAUGAUGAAAGUUUAAUUUAUGAAUUACCACUUUUCGUUGUAGUUGAAGUCAUUGAAGUUAUGACAAGGGGAGCUGAAGAGUCAAUACAGUUCACUACUAAAACUAUAUCCUACUCUUACAAAGCAAAAAUGCUCACAUUUAUGUCUGGAAUUGAUCUUUCAUGUAAUAAAUUAUUUGGUGAAAUUCCUCAUCAAAUUGGAAACCUUACAAGGAUUCAUACUCUUAAUCUUUCUCAUAAUAAUUUGACAGGAUCAAUUCCAAAAACAUUCUGA